AUGGGUGAGCGGGGAGCACCUGGGGACCCUGGGGCCGACGGGAUAGGCUUGCCCGGCAAGCACACCGCGACACUACUGCCGGGUACCAGCUUCGAACUUGAGACUGGCACAUUCACCUGCAGUGUGUCGGGCACCUUCGUGUUCAUGUUUUCUAUGAACAAAUCUUCUUCCAGCAGCUCACUGUACGUCCAGCUCCGGAAGAACGACGACGUGGUUGUCUCUGGCUAUAGCAGGGCAAGUCACUAUGAGCAGGUGUCUGGGAGCGCGGUGCUGUUUCUACAGCAAGGAGACACGGUGUAUCUUACCAUGAGUGGUAAUGUGGGUGGGGCUGCCAAUCAUGCCACCUCGUUUAGUGGCUUCCUCCUUUACCCCGAAUAA